UCCUGGUAUUAAACCAUUUUGACCUUACGUUUAAAUUCUAAAUUAAUCGAGUAAAAAGUACAUUAAAGUGCAGCAUGAACGUAUAAAAAAAAUCUAAAUUCUACGAUUUCUACGUAAAUUAAAGUAAAAUAAAAAUUUUUUGUUGAUUGCUUCAAUAUAAUCCGGAUUAAAAAUGCCCUGCGAUGGAAAGAAUCCAAAUUGUGAAAGAAGACGAGCAUUAUUAGGUGAACUAAAAUGUUUAAUUUCAUCAAUGGAAAUGCAAAAACCAUGCGAAUGGGACGAGCCUCCUGCACCUUGCAACUAUGAGUACCUCUGUUGUAAUCCUCUUAAACGCUGUAGAAGUUUCGAUUUUCGAACAAGCAUUAUAUACAGAUGCGAGUGCAUCAAGAGAAAUGGUUUACAAGAUAGAUGUAUGAUGUGGCACUGCUUGGGUAGACCAGCGUGUAUGACAAAGUUAUAUCCUAUUUGCUGUCCAGGACGCAAUGCGUUAAUGAAACUAAUGGAAUUAGAUGAUGUGGAAUCUGCUUUACGAAAAUUCUUCUGUGCCGAUCAAGCUAGAAAAGAUGCAUUAGCUACAUAUUGCACAAUGACUUGCAAUAAGAAUAAAAAUCCGUGCUGCCCGAAUGAGCAAAGAGUAGUUUGUAGCCCUCCUUGUGGCGAACCUUGUUGUAUGUCACCUUGUACAACUUAUAAUAUUUGCUCUCCUUGCCCACCACCAUGUCCACCACCAUGCUCACCAUGCUCACCAUGCCCGCCAUGCUCACCAUGUCCGCCAUGUUCUCCAUGCCCGCCAUGUUCACCAUGCCCGCCAUGUUCACCAUGCCCGCCAUGUUCACCAUGCCCGCCAUGUUCACCAUGCCCGCCAUGUUCACCAUGCCCGCCAUGUUCACCAUGCCCGCCAUGCUCACCAUGUCUACCAUGCCCGCCAUGCUCACCAUGCCUACCAUGCUCACCAUGCUCACCAUGCCCACCAUGCUCACCAUGCCCACCAUGCUCACCGUGCCCACCAUGCUCACCGUGCGUACCAUGCUGUUCACCAUGCUUACCAUGCUGUCCACCACCUUGUCCGCCACCAUGUGCACCACCGUGCCCACCACCGUGCAUAAUAUCAUGUCCACCACCCUGUUAUCCACCAUGCCCACCACCCUGUUGUCCACCAUGCCCACCACCCUGUUGUCCACCAUGCCCACCACCCUGUUGUCCACCAUGCCCACCGCCGUGCACACCACGGUGCCUACCCCUCUGCCCGCCACCAUGUCCGCCUUGUCCUCCACCCUGUCCACCAUGUCUACAAAUAUGUCCACCACCUUGCCCACUACCCUGUCCACCACCCUGUCCACCACGAUGCCUACCACCAUGCCCACCACUAUGCCCUCCACCUGUUCCACCACCCUGCCCACCAAUUUUACCAUUAUGCCCACCACCACCCCCACCAAGAUUCCGUCCGCGAUGCCCUCCACCAUGUCCCCCACCAUGUCCACCACCUUGCCCACCACUUUGUCCACCUCCGUGUCUACCAUCAUGCCCUCCACUUUGUCUAUCACCAUGUGUAUCGCCAUGUUCACCAUGUACACCCUCUUGUCUACCAGCUUAUUGUCCUCGCCCACUACCUUGUGUCCCUUCCCCAUAUGCUGCUAUUUGUUUCUAAUUUUAGUUCCCAAUUUCUUUCCUACCCAUUUUUCUACCACAUUUAUAUGUUAUAAAUUUAUUGUUGUGCCCAAGUUUAUUGUGAUAAAUAAACAAUUUCUUUAAUA